AUGGCGCCCAAGAUCUCGCUCAAGCUCUCAAACAGAGUUCCUAGGAAGCCUAUCCGCAAGCUCCCCGCGACGGUCGAGCUGCCCCGCGAUGCCACGGUCGAAGAAACCAAGAUCCUGAUUGCCCGGCAGGCGGGCAUCAGCGACUACAACCGCGUCGGGCUGUACGACCCCACGACCAAGAAGACGCUCAAGAACCGCCUCGGGCUGGUCCGUGAUGAGACCAACGUUAUGUCGGCGGGCGAGCUGGUCGUGAAGGACCUUGGCUUGCAGUUUGCGUGGCGCACCGUCUUCGUGAUUGAGUACGCCGGCCCGCUGCUCUUCCACGCCCUCUUCGCGUACCUGCGGCCGUACAUCUACGCGCCCGUUUAUUCCAAGGCGGCCGUCGAGGCGCCGCUGACGCAGGUGCAGUGGCUGCUGUUUGCCAUGUUCCAGCUGCACUUCCUCAAGCGCGAGUACGAGACGGUCUUUGUGCACCGAUUCUCGGCCAACACGAUGCCGGCGUGGAACAUCUUCCGCAACUCGGCCUUCUACUGGCUCAUGUCUGGCCUGCUGUGCGCCCUCGACAUCUACCGGCCCGGGUCGUUGUCGGAGCGGAACGAGCUCGGACCCGUCGACUACCUGGGCCUGGCCCUCUUCGUUGGCGGCGAGGCCUGCAACUGGAUCGUGCACCAGCAUCUGGCCAGCCUGCGCAAGCCCGGCGGCACCGAAAAGGGCAUCCCCAACUGCAUCGGCAGCAGCCUCGUCACCUGCCCCAACUACAUGUUUGAGGUCACCGCUUGGGUGGGCGUCAUUCUCAUCAGCCGCAGUGUCACAGUCGUCGCCUUCAUCUGCUAUGGCAUCUACUACAUGCGCCUGUGGUCCCGCGGCAAGGAGAAGGCUCUGCGCAACGAGUUUGGCGACCGCUACAAGAAGAAGCGGUACACGAUGCUUCCCGGACUCAUCUAA